CAGCUGUGAGAUAAAUGAACGCGGCUUUACCCAACCAUCUUUUACAUCUAGAACAAUGGGGUUAAUUAACGAAGAGGUCAUCGAAACUAAAAACUCACCACAACACGAUUUCGACGACUUUGAGGUUAAUGACGAAGACGCCCACAUAGAAGAAAGAGAAGGUCUCAACAAGUCUAUCCUUGAAGAGGACAAUGAAAAGGAAGGGAUUCUGGCAAGACUGAGACGUGAUGCCAUAUACCGAGAGAAAUAUUUGAUUUCCCUGGGUAUUAUGUGGAGCUUCUUUGUUUUAGGUUGGACCAUGGGCCAUUUUGGGCCAUCUCUUUUGGACUUAAGAAUCAUCACUAGCACUUCCCUGAAACAAGCCUCGGCAUUCAUGACCGGUCAUUCUGUGGGGUAUCUCAUAGGCUCGAUUGUUAUGGGAAUCAUUUUUGACAAGAUGAGAAAGGAGAAGACCUACUCUGUGGCUUGGUCAGUUGUAGGUAUGACUGUUACAUUAGCCGUCAUUCCUUGGUGCUACAUCUAUGAAUUGAUGGUUGCAAUGCAUGUGUUUAUGGGACUUGCCGGAGGUGGCUUAGACACCACUGGCAAUGCUCUACUUAUUAGUCUCUGGAGAGCUGAUGGGAAAUCGUUCCUACAGAGUAUUCAUUUCGCUUUUGCUAUUGGAGGAGCCAUUUCUCCAUUUGUCACCGGCCCAUUCCUUGCUCCAGAAAAUAAUACAAAUACGAAUACCACCAGUGAAAUCAUAGGAAAUACAAGUAUAGCAAAUUACACAAACAAUGCAACAACGUGUGAUUCUGGUGAUUUCCCAUGGACAGAGUCUAGAUUAUAUGUCCCAUAUUCAAUAGUAGCUUUUCUUGCCCUAACAGCUACUGUUCCAUUAUUUGUGUUAGCCUGCACAUCCAAACGACCUUCAGAUGUGAAAUCUGUAAAAUCUGUGAGUUCUGUGGGUGAGGACAUCGAUGAGGAGAGAAAUAUCCAGAGGUUAUCAACCGGGAUGAAAGCUACUGUGUUGAUCACUUUGAUGGUGUUCGUCGGAAUUUAUUGUGCCAUGGAAGAUGGAUUCAACAACUUUCUGGCCACAUUUUGUGUUAGCAAGUUAAAGUGGACGAAAUAUAUGGCGUCCAUUGUUACUGCUGUAUUUUGGAUAAGCUACACCAUUGGGCGAUUCGUUGGGAUAUUCUUGGCACGGAUUUUCAAGCCGGUUAAGUUAAUUUUCAUUCUCACAGUUCUCCUUAUCCUGGGAUUCUUGGGAAUUUUCCUAUCAGCCCAGUUCAAAUUUUACGAAGGGAUUUGGAUUUCAUCCGGAGUAGUAGGAUUAGCAAUGUCCAUGAUAUUUCCGUUAGUUUUUGCUUGGACGGAGGAGUCCAUCUUACCAGUUACGGGAUUAGUAGCUUCCUUGUUCCUCAUAGCAGCGUCAUUGGGAUCAAUGAUUAAUCCCAUCGUUUUGGGAUUCUUGAUGGACAAUUCCUCUCCCAUGUGGCUUGCCUACAUAAUGUUAGGAGAAUCCAUCAUAAACUUAAUGGUAUUAUGCUUAGCUUGGACAGUUGCUAGUCGAAUCACACUACCCAAAAACACUUUCAGAGAAGUGAAAAUAGAGAUCCGAUCGGAGAACCCUGAUGAAAUUGAAUACAGGAGCAUUUCUGCUGAAAGCGAAUUGAAUGAGGACCGUCUCCAAUGAUGUCCCAUCUAUCUUUUGGUUAUAAACAAAACUUAAAUUUCAUUCAUCAACCAUUUCUCACCAGCAAGAUUAUUCAUCCUGCAACAUAUGGCUUAGAUGUGUUCUUAUAAUUUUUUUUUAGUUUGCCACAUUCCAAAUGUAAGGAUUUAUGACUUGGGAGUUUAUUCUAACCAUCUGUGUUAUUGAUAAAAUUGCACACAUGUAAACUCAUAUUUAUAAAUUAUUUACCUAAAAUUAACUCUAACCCUGAAGGGAUAUUCUCAUCUAAAACAUACUGUAAACCAACUAUUAUUCGCGACGACUUUAUUUUGCGGUUUAUCUGAGAUGAACUGGUUCGUGGCGACUAAUUUUUGCGACUAAACUUUAUCCACACCUGUUUGGUACUAUGUGAUAAAUACUGGUCUGCAGCGAAAAAUAUUCGCAACAAUGAAGCCCUCACGAAACUCGCGAAAAUUUCUCGCACGCGAAUUGAAGUUGAUUUACUGUAUAUAGAUGUAGACAGUAGAGACUGUUAUAAAAAAUUCCUUUGCCAAAUUUGUAAGUGAUUCAACAAGAGUUCAUUAAGCCAUGCUUUUAUUUUGUGAAAAAGAUAAAAAAAAAUUUAGAUUAAGAACCUUGAACAUGUUGAAAGUUUAAUACAAAAUGAAUAACUGCAUAUCUGAAAGUUGCAGAAAUAACACUUAACACUUUAACUGAAAACAUAUUUUUAUUUGAUUAUGUGAUGAAGUAUAUUCAGUUUUUCCAGUUUUAAAACCUGAUUCUAUUGUGAUAUAUGAAAUAUAUUUGUUUCAAGAAGUCCUUACCAAUUGUGAUAAUACCCAAGUACUUAUAUAGUGAGACAAAAUAUACAUGUGUGUUUUUUAUACAAUAAUAAUGCUUGCUGUGCUGGUUGUGCAUGAUUUAUUUAGUUGUAAUUUAUUUUGCAUUUUGAUGUUAUAGACAAGAGUUGUGAAUUAAAGUGUAUUUGAUUACAGUUUACAGUUAAGUGGUUUACAAAUGUAUUUAAUUACAUAUUUUAUAACAUAUUUUAUUUUCAGUAUUUAUGUCUUCUUUGAUUUUUUUUACUCUAGUCCUAAAGGAUUAGUAUUGAAAGUAUUGGUUUACAUUUACGGAUUAAGUUACGCAUAUGUAUGAAAUAUAUGUGGAUUUUUUAUUUUUAUUUUUUUAUUUUCUGGAAACAUUAUUGGAACGGUCUUUUAUUUGGUAAUUGUACAUUGCACUUACUUGUUUAAUUGGGAGUUGAUUUUAAUCAACUCUCGUACGCAGUUACUUUGGCAAACUAAAAGUGAAACAGUGUUUGGACCUAAGCACAAAUUAUCACCGCUGACAAGACGUAGAUCUUGAAAAUAAUAGAGAAAUUCGGUGUACUGUAUGUUGUGCCAUUGUUUUUCAAAAGAAAAGUAUCUAUAAAUACCUUGAAAAUAGUCAGAUUUUAUAUAGUACGAACAAUUCAAUUGUUUUUGUAGUUGCAUGUAUUCCUA